GCGGCGCCGUCCGCUCCACGGGUUCGCGGCCAACCGUUGCUUCGGAGGCCUCGCCGCUGCCAUCACAUUCUGCAGCUGAGAGACCAUGGUGGGCCGGAACAGCGCCAUCGCCGCCGGCGUAUGCGGGGCCCUUUUCAUCGGGUAUUGCAUUUACUUCGACCGCAAGAGACGGAGUGACCCCAACUUCAAGAACAGGUUGCGAGAACGAAGAAAGAAACAAAAGCUUGCCAAAGAGAGAGCUGGGCUUUCCAAGUUACCUGACCUUAAAGAUGCAGAAGCUGUUCAGAAGUUCUUCCUUGAAGAAAUACAGCUUGGUGAAGAGUUACUAGCUCAAGGUGAAUAUGAGAAGGGUGUGGACCAUCUGACAAAUGCAAUUGCUGUAUGUGGGCAGCCACAGCAAUUGCUGCAAGUAUUGCAGCAAACUCUUCCACUGCCAGUGUUCCAGAUGCUGCGCACUAAACUCCCAACAAUUAGUCAGAGAAUUGUAAGUGCUCAGAGCUUGGCUGAAGAUGAUGUGGAAUGAAGAAUUUCAACAUAAUAAAAUCUCACUUCAAAAUAUUA